CCACUACCGAUCUUCUUUCUAAUAACCUGUGGCGAAGAAUCUUCUUGUGAAUUUCAUGUUUUAAAACCACUUUGCCUGGUGGGAGUAUUUAGUAGUGUUGUACGCUCGAUAACAGAUACUUGUAGCGGCCAAUCGAAGCCCGUUCAUAUUGUAACCUAAAACUUGACCUACAGAUUUCUGGAUUGUUCCAUUGACUGUCUUGAAAGUUAAACGAACUCUCUGUGACAUCAUUCAUUGAUCCCCAAAGAGUUUCCUGGUUCUGCAAUGGAAUGGUGAUGCAAUGUUCUCCAGUUUAUCUAGAAUAAAUCAGAGAAGCUCAGAAAUUCGUCAGGUUGAGAUAAACCAGAUCUGAGAGCAAUACUAUCUAUCUACGGAAGCGAAUGAAUCACGAAAUCUUGGCAGGCAAAUCCUUGAAUCCUUGGACUUUGGACUUCAACCUUAAAUCGAUUAACGAAAGUUCCUAAAAAUGUCUCUCUGAUCUCACUCACCAGGCGAAUCUAAAUUUAAUUUCAAAAUUAUAUCAAGAACGAAAAAGUAUAUAUCAAGAAUAAAAAACAAAUGUAUCAAUAUAUGAAGAGAACAAAUCUGCAGCACACUUUCAUUGGAGCAUCAACAAGACACAAGAUGUCGAAGGAGGCUCAAAGCAUGAUAUGGGACUAUUUGGUCUUCAUCUUAUUUGUGAUAGCCAGUUCAUUUGUAGCAGUAUAUUCGAGAUUUUUCGGUCCAAAAGAAAAGACGAAAGCAGAUUUUGUAUUUGCUGCAGGGAAAGUAUCAAUGGCGGCAAUGAUGUUGAGUAUAGCUAGGGGAACGCUUGGCGUUCGAUCUUUCUUAGGAUACCCUUCUGAGCUCUUCUACAGAGGAUGUGCCAUGUGGGAGACUCUUUAUGGAAUGGUGCUAGCUUACCCCAUAGUAUGUUUCAUUUUCGUCCCCGUAUACUUCAGCCUGGGUAUAACUUCGGUUUAUCAAUACUUGGACCUUCGAUUUAAAUCUCGUCUUGUCAGAUGUCUGGCAUCAGGCACAUAUAUCGUGAGACAGCUGCUCAAUCAAGGAGUCACAGUUUUCACCCCAUGUGUGGCGCUCAACACCGUUAUUGGAAUUCCUUACUGGGCGUCCAUCUUCAGUAUUACGGUUGUCAGUAUUAUUUUUACAUUAUUGGGAGGCUUAAAGGCAGCAAUUCUAGCCGAUGUUAUGCAGGGAUUAACAAUGAUCGCAGUGAGCUUCGCAAUAAUAUUUCAAGGCACAAUCGAGGCAGGUGGGGUGAGCGAAGUCUUCCAAACGAACAAGGAGGACGGAAGACUCGAUUUCCUCAACUUCGAUUUGGACCCAACCCUAAGAGUAACCACCACCUCCGCUCUAAUAGGUCAACUUUUUAUGUCACUCUCAAUAUUUGGUUGCCAGCAGAAUUUUGUUCAAAGAUACUGCAGUAUGGAUUCGCAGAAAAAAGUAACAAAGACACUGAUGUUCAACAUCCCAGUGAUCACAGUCCUCUUCAGUUUAUCAUGGGUUGUAGGUAUGGUGAUAUACGCAACCUACUCCAACUGCGAUCCACUCUCCUCAGGAUACAUAGAAAAAUAUGACGAAAUUCUGCCGUUCUUCGUCGAGGACAGAUUCAAUUACCUGCCUGGAAUACUCGGUCUCUUUAUGGCUAGUCUCUUCAAUGGAGCACUGAGUCUGAACGUAUCGAAUUUGAAUUCCCUGGCCACCGUCACCUUCGAAGACUUCCUGCGCCCCAUCCCUUAUCUCAAAGGGUUGAAGGAUUCGCACCAGUUGUACGCCAUCAAAGCCAUCGGAGUGGUCUAUGGAUUCGUUAUCAUGGGAAUAGCUUUUGGUGUAGGUCUACUGGAUGGUGUUAUCGAGUCCUCGAUGCUGGUCACUUCGGCUACUUCGGGGCCCUUGCUGGGAGUCUUUUUGUUGGCCCUCCUCGUCCCUUGCGCCAACUGGAAGGGAUCUGCUGCUGGAGUCAUCACAGGACAUAUAGUCACCCUGUGGAUAACAUUCAACGGUUUGUCGAUAGAAAAGCCACCAGCAAGAAUUCUCCCACUUCAUGUUGAAGGUUGCACAAACACCUCAUUCAAUCCACACAUACUUAAACCUGAACAUAGAGGAUUGGAAGCUUGGAACAUCCCAACUACCACUCCUUAUCCAUAUGAUUUCAACGAUACUGAAGACCCCUACGAUCUUAUCAACACGGACUUGAUUACAUCAAACUCAUUCUCCCAACUCUACUCCAUGACCUACAUGUACUACUCGUUCGUAGGAUGUAUCAUCACAGUCCUAGUGGGAUGGACCAUCUCCUUCUUUACAGAAAGCAGUGAUGAUAUUUACGACGAAACUCUAGUUCACCCUAUCGCCCGUAAGAUGGCGAGGAUAUUCCCCGGAAAGAAAAGGAGAUAUCUGGAGAAAACAAGAACACCUGAUGUACCUAGUUCGAUGAAGUCAUCUGUUAGCAAUCCAAAUUUCGAAAAGAAGAACGGUUUGAAUAGUACCAGUGUAAACAACGCCAACCAUGAGGUACCCAUGGAAACUCUUGAAGUUUACAAAACUAAGUUAUGAUCGCUACUUUUUAAUGGACACUGAAAAUUCAUCAAUAGUUUUAAAUCUACUUCACAUAAGAUAUUUAUUACUGCUGUGAUCUAUUAGCUGUUAAUUUUCAGUUUUUAAGGUGUUGAACUUAAGUCGUUUUCAUAGUUACAAUUUGAUUGGGACCAUUCAAAUUCGAACAAAAAAAAAAGAUUUUACUCGAACAAGUCGCCAAUUUCUUAAAAGAAUUCUCAGUUUUCAUAAUUAUUUUAACUCAUGUUCAUUAUUAUUAUACUUUAUAUGUAAGGUCCUAUCAAUGUACUUAUUUUUAUUCACUAAUACUUAAUGCAAAAUUUUUUAACCUGAGAAUACUCAAGGUUCAUGUCCUGUUCUGUUUGUCUAUUUUAUCUCAUUACUUAUCUCAUGUACUUCUGAAGCAGUUUUGCUGUAUUUUUUUAUGUAUUUUAAAAUUUUGAGAACGAUACACAUCGCUCUAUAUCGAGAAUUUAAUUUUGUUAAGAACUAACAAUAUAAAUCAGUCAGAAUACUUACCUACAUGUGUACAUAUUAAAAAUAAGGAAAGGAUUGAAUGACUAUGGUUUUAAUGAACUUUUGCAUUCUAUAUAUUCUCUGUUUAACGACACUAACAAUGUUUAUUUAAAUAUUAUUUAUCAGUUUUUGAUUGAAAAAUUGUGAGAGAUCAAGUUACUCCAUUUAUAUUAAAUGUUUCAAAUAGACGCUAGGUCGUCUUAAAAAAGAAUAAUUAGUUUUUCAGUACAA